AUGGACAAUGAAAAUACAAACAAAAGUGAGGUAAAUGCAGAGAGUGGAAUAACGAAUGUGCAGCGCACUGAAAAGAAGCAUUGUGUAAUGACGAAUCAGGGAUGGAUCCCUGAUGAUUACAAGAACUAUGUUAACGAAAGUAUUCUGAAUGUAAACUUUGAAACAGAUGCUUUUCAGAAGCAGGCAUUCUAUUUCUUGAGCAGAGGGAUGUCGGUGUUUGUGUCUGCACACACAAGCUCCGGAAAGACACUUGUUGCGGAGUAUGCGAUCUCGCUAUCUCAAUUUCAUGGCACACGAACGAUUUAUACGUCUCCAAUCAAGGCACUAAGCAACCAGAAGUACCAUGACUUUAAGAUGAAGUACAAGGACGUUGGGAUUGUAACUGGGGACGUGCAGGUGAAUCCUUCUGCAAAGUGCCUUGUGAUGACUACUGAGAUCCUGAGGAACAUGGUGUACAGGAACGGAGAUUUACUUAGAGAUACUGAGUUUGUUGUAUUUGAUGAGGUGCAUUACAUAAAUGACAGCGAUCGUGGAGUAGUGUGGGAGGAAUGCAUAAUUAUGCUUCCAAAGCACAUAAGUCUGAUUAUGCUGAGUGCGACGAUCCCAAAUGGACUUGAAUUCAGUGAGUGGGUUGGCAGAACACAGAGCAGGACUAUAUAUGUGAUAUCUACAAACAAACGAGCAGUUCCUCUGGAGCAUGUACUUUAUAGUGAUUGGAAUGUUUAUGCAAUUGAAGAUGAGACGGAGAAGAAAAGAGCAUCGAAUUUCAAGGAGGGACCAAUGCCUUUAAGCAAAAAGGCAAAGAUACAAGCAAGAUUCAAGAUAUGUGAUGUAGCAAACUUUAUCAUGAAGAAGCGUUUGGUGCCAGCGAUAUUUUUCUGCUUUUCUAAAAAAAAGUGUGAGGAAUAUGCAGAGAUUCUUGGACCAUUGAACUUGAAUGAUGAGCAGAGCAAGGGACAUGUGCGAGCAUUUUUAAACGAAGCUAUCAAGUGUCUUUCUGCAGAAGAUAGAUGCCUACCUCAGGUUGUAAGCAUGACAUCAAUGGUGAUGAAUGGAAUAGCGGUCCAUCACGGAUCUUUGCUUCCGUUUGUAAAAGAAUGUGUUGAGCUGUUGUUUUCAAUGAAUCUGGUGAAAAUAUUACUGGCCACAGAAACUUUUGCAAUGGGUGUGAACAUGCCUGCUAAGUGCUGUGUAUUUCUAUCUCUGAGUAAGAUUGAUAAUGGAACUUUUAGAUAUCUUUCGUCUGGAGAAUAUAUCCAGAUGAGUGGACGUGCAGGGAGGCGAGGUAUGGACGCUGUGGGUACUGUGAUGAUUGCGGAUCCAAAGCUACCGAAUAUUGAAGUGAUUAGAAGGAUUAUCAAGGGAUGUCCACUCAGCCUGUCAAGUCAAUUCAAGUUGAGCUUUGGAUUGAUAUUAUUGUCAUUGAGAUCUAAUGUUAAAGUUGAAGAGUUGAUGAGAAGAAGCUAUGGAGAGCACAGAAACCAGAAGAACUAUGACAAGGACAUGAAUAGACUACGGGAAUUGGAAGCAGAGGAUGAAGUGUGUGUUAAGUGUGGCGAUAUGAUGGAGUAUCUCUGCGCUAUUGAAGAAAUAUGCAGUAAGAACUGGAAGUUGAUUUGCAAGUCUCCUAUUUUGUGUAAGGGGACUAAGCUGUUGUUGAAAGACAAUUCUACAUGUGUAGUAAAUAGUGUGAAUGAAACUACUGUAACCGUGGAUAGAUGUGAGGAAGUGGAAGAAUAUAGAGAGAAUAUUGAGCAUGGACUGAGUGAAGGGGUUACUAAGCAUGAGCCAAAUGGUUCUGCUGGCUCUAUAGGGAUGCUUUUGUAUCCUAUAAGCAUUAGAAGGCCUUUGAACAAAAAUAAGGUGAAUGUGUCUGAAAUAUUUUGUGUUCUAAAAGAUGGGAGAUCAUUUUGGAAUUAUGGAUUGACAAAUGUGACAGAUGUGUUGGAAGUAAAGCGGCUUAGUGAGGUUUGUGCUAGCCUGGAAGGUAGGCAUGAUGGAUGUGAAAAGAUGAAGCAGCACUAUACAGAAGCAAUCACGAAGAUGAGUAAUAGAAGAGAAGCAGAGGCAAUAAGAACCAGAUAUAACAUUUCUAGUCUUCAUAUGAUUGAUGAAUAUAACAAACGCAUGGAGUUUUUAGCAAAGAGAGGAUUUGUGGAUGGAACAAUUACAUUGAAGGGAAAGGCUGCUGCAGAAAUCCGCACAGUUAACGAGGUGCUUGUAGUUGAGAUGAUAUUUUCAAAUGAGUUUGAAUUCAUGGAUGGAAAGAAGAUCAUAUCGUUGAUGUCUUCGAUGGUGUAUGAGGAAGCAUUGGAAAGCCCAGAAGAAGAGACCUUGUAUAAUGAAACAAAGAUGAUAGAGAAUUACUUUUUCGAGAUGUCUAAAGAGAUGAGCGAUCUUGGGAUUCCUCCGUUUGCAGCCUUGAACUUUUCAUUGGUGGAUGCCGUUCAUGAGUGGUGCUGUGGGUCAUCGCUCUCAAAAAUAGUGUCGAAGUAUGGAGUGCCUGAAGGCUCGUUUGUAAGGCUUAUAUUGAGGCUUGAAGAGUGCUGUAGAGAGUUGAUAAGUGUAGCAGUGAUGAUAGGUGAUAAGGAUCUUGAAAAAAAGAUUGAGGAUGCAUCUAAAUCCAUGAAGCGCGAUGUGAUAUUUUUACCAAGCCUGUACCUAUGA